AUGCCACUUCUUAUUUCUCUAAACGCGGCCAAACCCUCGAAUUGCUCUGUGAAUCCCUCACAUUCAAUGGCAAAAGGUCUAUGCAAAGUCACCGAAACCGGUUAUGUUGUCAUGUGCGACCGUGCCCUCCCCGGUGAACGCUUCAUCGGACGUAUCACUCGGAAAAAGGGUAAUUACGCUGAAGCUACUAAGCUUCAAACUUUAACUCCUCCUUUUCAUACUGUAGAUGCUCCUUGUGUCUAUGUUCCUCAUUGUGGUGGUUGCAAGACGCAGAAUUUGGCUUAUCAAGCUCAGGUUAAAGCUAAAGAGGAACAGGUUCGCGACUUAAUCAUACAUGUUGGAAGGUUUUCUCAGAAAGAAUUGGAAUUGCAUGGGAUUAUGAAGCCUAUUGUUCCUUGUGAUAUUCAAUUUCAUUAUAGGAACAAGAUGGAAUUCUCAUUUGGUCCUUAUAAAUGGUUGCCUAAAGAGUUGCUGCACGGAGGAAAUGUUGAUGGUGGAAGUGAGAAUUAUGCACUUGGAUUGCAUGUUCCUGGUUUUUUUGAUAAGAUUAUAAACGUUGACAAAUGCUUACUCCAAACUGAUCCUGCUAAUAAGGUUCUUACAGCUAUUCAAGAGUGUUGUAGGGAUCCACAACUUGGUUUCUCUCCUUACAAUGUUCAUUCACACAUGAGUAGUGCAGUAGGAAAGACACCUGCCCCAGGUCAGGCUAUAUACUCGGCUUCUAAAUUUGCAUUAAAUGGGUACUUCCAUUCCUUACGUUCAGAGCUCUGUCAGAAAGGAAUCCAGGUAACUGUUGUCUGUCCUUGUCCUAUACAAAUAGUAAAUAACGCUGGAUCGCAGAUUCCAUCUGAGAUUCUUAAUUUCUUACAGUAUCGAAACAUGACCACAUUGUUGACAAGAGAGUAUCUUAUUGUUCGGUCCAGUGGUUGGUUAGAUUAUGCUCCACUAAGGAUAGCACAGUUUUAUGGAUCUCAAAACCCGAAUUCUCCCGUUUGUGUAUCAUGUCAAAACGUUUUACAUUGA